AUGUCCAGCCAGAUCUACGAGUCUGAUCCCGGGAAUGGCACAAACCACGGUGAUGGGAAGGACUUCCCCAAAAGCAAAGUCACCACGGACAUUGACGAUAUCGAGGCGGAUCCGUUUACGGAAGAACGAAGCAUUGACGAGUACAAGAAGUCGCUGGUGGGUGAGGUCGAGAAGAAGGAGUUAACCGCUGUCGAGGCGUUCCAGUGGAAUGUGGAGGGGGAUCAGUCGCCGUUUCCUGAGGUAGCAGCCUGUGUAGCGAACACAGAUGAUCCGAGUACUCCUUGCAAUACCGUUCGAGCAUGGGUUCUCACUACCGUCUUUGUCUUGGUGUUCUCCGCGGUCAAUCAGUUCUUCGGGUUGAGAUAUCCCUCCCUCUCGCUUGGCUAUGUUGUCGCCCAGAUUCUCGUCUUCCCCAUCGGUCGGUUGUGGGAAAAGCUCCCUCGCUGGAGAGUUCCCCUGGGAAGAUUCUCGUUCGAUGUUAACCCGGGACCGUUUACCGUUAAAGAACAUGCGCUCAUAGUCAUUUGCGUCAAUAUCAGUGCCGGCACCGCGUACGCAAUGGGAUCGCUUGUGGCUAUUACUAGCCCUGUUUAUUGGGGCCGUGACUAUGGCGCUGGUUUCUCUUUUCUCUAUCUUUUGACCUCGCAGAUGCUCGGAUUCGGUCUUGCUGGUCUUACACGUCGAUGGCUGGUUUACCCUGCUGCCCUCAUCUGGCCGUCUUCCCUCUCCUCUACGGUCCUUUUCCGCGCCCUGCAUGAAAAGCAGCACUACCCCCCUGCCAAUGGUUGGCGGAUGAGCCGUUAUCGCUUCUUUACCUACUUCACUAUUUUUGCGUUCGUUUUGUUCUGGUUUCCGGACUACAUCUGGACGAGUCUGAGCACGUUUGCAUUUAUCACAUGGAUCGUGCCACACAAUCAGAAGGUCAACACAUUGUUCGGGAUGAACUCCGGGCUUGGACUGCUUCCCAUCAGCAUCGACUGGACGCAGAUUACCUAUGCCGGACAGCCUCUCAUGACUCCAUUCUACAUCACCUGCAACGCGUUCGCCAUCGUCGUCCUGUUCUACUUCUUCCUCUCGCCAAUCUUGUACUAUUCGAACGUGUGGGACAGUGCCUACCUCCCACUCCUGUCUUCAAGUACCUUCGACAACACAGGAAAGACGUAUAAUAUCUCCAGGGUCGUCGAUAAGAACCUCGACUUUGUCCUGGGCAAUUACCAGGCGUACUCGCCCAUGUACAUCUCCAUGGCAUACUCCCUCACGUAUGCUCUGUCCUUCGCCGCUGUGACUGCCAUCGUGGUCCACACAUAUCUUUAUCAUGGUUCUGAAAUCUGGGCCAAGUUCAAAAAUGCCCGUCACGGCGGAGAAGAUAUCCACAGACGGUUAAUGCAUGCAUACGAGGAAGUACCCGAUUGGUGGUAUGUUGUAUUGACCGUGGUCAUACUGGGAUUGGGUAUCUUCACGGUGCGAUACUGGGAUUCUGGUCUCCCGGUCUGGGGGUUCAUUGUGGUGUGUUUCGGCUUGGGAGUACUGUUGAUUGUGCCGGAGGGAAUCCUCGAGGGGACGACGAACCAACGAAUCUUUCUCAACAUCAUUACCGAGCUGAUCGCAGGGUACGCCUGGCCGGGCAAGCCAAUUGCAAACAUGAUGGUCAAGUCCUAUGGAUACAACUCGGUCAAGCAUGGAAUGGACUUUGCGCAGGAUCUCAAGCUAGGACAAUAUAUGAAAAUACCACCACGCGUCCUCUUUUUCGGCCAGAUCUAUUCGAGUAUUCUCGCAACGAUGACACAAACGGGCGUUCUCCGAUGGAUGUAUGGGAAUAUCACCGACCUUUGCAAGCCGACCAACACCCAGCGCUUCACAUGCAAUGGCGCCAAGGUGGUGUACAAUGCCUCUCUCAUCUGGGGGACUAUUGGUCCACAGCGGAUGUUUCAGGCUGGACAGGUUUAUAAUAGCAUUAUGUACUUUUUUAUCAUCGGGCCUGUGGUUACAGUCCUAGUCUACCUGGUCUAUCGACGAUUUCCAAACACCUGGGUGCGGUAUAUCAAUGUGCCUAUUUUCUUCAACGCGGCCGGCAACAUCCCUCCGGCGAAUACAACCCAAUAUUCUCUCUGGUUCAUCUUCGGAUUCAUCUUCAACUAUCUCAUCCGCAAACGUGCAUUCGACUGGUGGAAACGGUACAAUUAUCUCUUCCAAGCAGCCAUGGACACGGGUACUGCACUGGCGACUAUUGUCAUCUUCUUCGCUCUGAGUUAUACUAAAACCAAGUUCGAAUGGUGGGGGAAUACGGUCGGGUCUGAUACGGAUGAUGCGAAGGGGGUGCCGUGGUUGAAGGUCGAACCGGGGUCUUACUUUGGGCCUCGGAAGGGGACGUUCUAGGUGUUUGUUGCUUUUGUUGUCGCUGUUGCUGUUGUUUGCGGAUUGUAGGUUUCUCCUCUUUGGCUGUUCUUGCUAGUGGUUGUCUCUAUUGAGGGAUAUGAAUCCUCUGGUGUCAUCGUCAGAGUCAGAUAGAUUAAAAUAUGAUUCUAAUUUGCCAUCAACAUGUGGACGAGACCAUCUUGCUAAAUCAGACAAGG